CUGGCGAGGUAUGAACUGGCUAUCAACCAUCCGUCUAGCCUGCUUGCCUGUCGCUGCUACUUGAUCUCGUCAAUUUCACGUCCUGGCCCUGUGCGGCCCGCCGACCGUCGUCACUCGGCCACUCGGCAUUUAUCCCAGGCUUCCCAGCAGUUGUUUGUAUUGUCACAGCUACAGUCUGGCCACUUCAGCGCGGCAGCUGGUCAAAUACUUCCCGCGAUGGAGGCUGGUGCAAAAAGGCCGCCAUCCGACUGUCUGUCUUCUCCGCUAUCAUCCUUGGCCUCGUCACAAGCCCCUUCCUCGCCAUUGACCGUUCUUUCGAAUUCGCCUUCACCACCGACGCCGUCUCCAGCGAGCCGCGACGCUUCCAGCCGCUAUCCCUCGCCGAGCACGUCCUCCGGGGCCAUUUCGUCAGGAAGCGCGUCACCAAUGAACGUCUCACGCCCCACGCCGCCGUCUUCGGACCUGGCGGUGGAGGCGUCUGUCCGCAGCGACGGGCCCCCUCCUGCCAAAAAGCGCAAGGUGCAGCAAAAGCGGGAGCGCAAGACGGAAUAUCUGGAUCUCGACAAGACCGGGGACGACGGCCAUCAGGACGAGUUACUCGCUCGUCUCACAAAGGUAUUGCGCAAAAAGAAGCGCAUCGUCAUUAUCGCCGGUGCUGGAAUCUCCGUAUCCGCAGGGAUACCUGAUUUUCGAUCUCAGUCGGGCCUUUUCAAGUCUAAUGGGAAACACCUUUUCGACGUGUCGGUUUACCACGACGACUCAUUAACAUCAGCGUUCCACAAGAUGGUGAGGGAGCUGGCUAUGAAAUCACAGGCUGCGUCGCCGACGCCAUUUCACCACAUGAUGGCAUCUAUUGCCCAGGAGGGCCGCUUGCUACGACUGUACACCCAAAAUAUUGACUGUCUGGACACCAAUAUGGAGCCGCUGCGCACAUCAGUACCGCUAAAGGCUGCGCAGAAGCCGUGGCCCAAGACCAUCCAGCUUCACGGCGGGCUCGCAAAGAUGCAAUGCACAAAGUGUGGUGACGUCAAAGACCUGGACCCCAAACUAUUCGAUGGGCCUAAAGCUCCACUGUGCGCUGUUUGUGAAGAGGCGGACCAGAUUCGCGUAGCGUUUGCCAACAAACGGAGUCGGGGCAUUGGCCGACUGCGUCCACGUAUGGUUCUCUACAACGAGGCUAGCCCCGAAUCCGAAGAGGUCGGGACUGUAUCGGCUGCUGAUUUGGCCAGGGUUCCGGAUGCUGUUAUUGUGGUGGGCACAACUUUGAAGAUACCGGGCGUGAAGCGCCUGGUGACGGAAAUGUGCAGGGCUACCCGCAGCCGCCGCGACGGAUUUACCGCCUUUCUCAGUGUCGAGCCCCCACAGGGCGCCGAGUUUCAGGAAUGUUGGGAUAUUGUGGUUCGCGGAAAGUGUGACGAUGUUGCUGCAAUUGUGGGCCUGCCACGGUACGAUGAGCCAGCCCCAACGGAGACGGACUGGAAAGUUACGCAGGCUACAGAGGAAUCGAAGAAGACCCAAGAGAAGGUUUCGAGCGUCGACAUCCAGAAGUCCAACCUCGGUUCUGCCCCCUCCACUUGUGCACCGGCGGAGCACGAAGCGAAGUCGAAAAAGCUGGGACAGCUCGUUGUCAAGGAAAACGGCAGCAUACCAACACCGAGUGCCAGCCCAAAGCUCGAAACGACUCAGCCAAUCACAGGGAACCCAACUACGUUGUCUCUGUCAGCUGCCAAACAAACAAAGCUUCAGUUCGGUCAGCGCAAGAAACUCCCGGGAGCUCCUACAACCAAGAACGUCGUCAACAAACGCACCAAACUUCCAGAUGCACCACAGGCCUCGAAACCAGCCAAGUCGAAAAUACCGGUCAAGAAGAGUACCAAGAAGGACGCUACCAAGAAGGACGUCAAGCCUCAGCCGGUUCUUACCAAGGCCUUCAAAGCCACCAAGCCCAGCACCGUGGAGGGAAAGCAGAUGCUGGUCAAGCAGGAACCUUCUCCUGUUCCCUCGUCUCCCGUCACUCCGAACGAAGAGUUAUUUCACAAGCUCCCCAGUCUGCGGCCUGGGAAGCCCGUUCAAUCUGUUACUGUGGUUACAGAAACGGCGACACCAGACGAUACGCGGCCCAGCAGUCGCAUGUCUGCCCACGAUGUCGAGGACUCUCCACUCCAUCAUGGCUGUCACGAGUUACACACUAUCUCGCCAAAGUCCAAGCCACGAUCUAUGGGGCAUUUGAUAGAUUAA